UCUGUUGUACAUACUUAAGCAGGGAAGAGUCUGUAAGAAUUCACGUCUCCUGGCCUGCAGAGAAAGCAGAAACAUGAGUACAGCAGGAAAAGUAAUAAAAUGCAAAGCAGCUGUGCUAUGGGAGCUCAAAAAACCAUUUUCCAUUGAGGAGGUGGAGGUUGCACCCCCUAAGGCCUAUGAAGUUCGUAUUAAGGUGGUGGCCACAGGAGUCUGUCGCUCAGAUGACCAUGCGAUUAAUGGAUCUUUGGUCACACCUCUUCCUGCGAUCAUAGGCCAUGAGGCAGCCGGCAUUGUGGAGAGCAUUGGAGAAGGGGUGACUACAGUAAAACCAGGUGAUAAAGUCAUCCCACUCUUUGUUCCCCAGUGUGGAAAGUGCAGUGUUUGUAAACACCCGGAAGGCAAUUUCUGCCUGAAAAACAGUAUGACCAAGCCUCGGGGGACCCUUAUGGAUGGUACCAGCAGGUUCACCUGCAGAGGGAAGCCCGUCUACCAUUUCAUCGGCACCAGCACCUUCACUCAGUACACAGUGGUGGAUGAGAUGUCGGUGGCCAAGAUUGAUGCAGACUCACCGCUGGAGAAAGUCUGUCUCAUUGGCUGUGGAUUUUCUACUGGUUAUGGGUCUGCGGUCAAAGUUGCCAAGGUCACCCAGGGCUCCACCUGUGCCGUGUUUGGCCUCGGAGGAGUUGGUCUGUCUGUUAUCAUAGGCUGUAAGGCAGCUGGAGCAGCCAGGAUCAUUGCAGUGGACAUCAACAAAGACAAAUUUGUAAAGGCCAAAGAGGUGGGUGCCACUGAGUGCAUCAACCCUCGGGACUAUGAGAAACCCAUCCAGGAGGUGCUGAAGGAAAUGAGUGGUGGAGGUGUGGAUUUUUCAUUUGAAGUCAUCGGUCGUUUUGACACCAUGAUGGCUGCCUUGUUGUGCUGUCAAGAAGCAUAUGGAGUAAGUGUCAUUGUAGGAAUAGCUUCUAGUGCCGAAAAUCUCCCUAUGAACCCCAUGUUGCUGUUGACUGGACGUACCUGGAAAGGAGCUGUUUUUGGUGGCUUUAAAAGUAAAGAUUCUGUCCCCAAACUUGUGGCUGAUUUUAUGGCUAAGAAGUUUCCACUGGAUCCAUUAAUAACCCAUGUUUUACCCUUUGAAAAAAUAAAUGAAGGAUUUGACCUGCUUCGCUCAGGAAAGAGUGUCCGUACCGUCCUGACAUUUUGAGACUAUACACGUGGCUUCACUUGUAGCAGUCUUCCGGCUCCUCCAUCAUCUGAAACAUCAGCCAAACAUCAUCAAUAAUUCUAUUCUUCAGAGAUACCACCAAUAAAUUACACAUGGGGGCUUUCCAAAAGAAAUAAAAUUAAUGUGAAAUCAUUUUUUAAGCAAAUGCUUAAAAUUCAAGUAAGAGCCAGAUGAACCAUCAUAUGGGUAAUUGAGUCCAAUAAACCCUCCUUCUUAAUCAUUCUACUCAUGUUGAAUCGUGUCAUCUUUCCCACUGAGGAAAGGUAUUUCUUUUGAGUUUCUGCACUUUUCGUAUCUUUGCCACCCUUAGUCUUUGAAGCCUUAGUCAUUGAGAAAGUCCUCAUGAUACUUAUUCCCCAACAUACAUGUGAUGGACUAUUGUGCUCCAAGUCUUCUACCUGUACUUCUACUGUCUGUAUUUUCCUUUUUAUGAAAUGUAGCAAAACCCUACAGUAAAAACUACACAUAGUCUGCGAAAGGAUACACUCAGAUUUAUAAGUGGAGAAGGUCCAGAACUUCUAAGUGCAGGGAAUUUCUUAGGGAAAUGUCACAUAUUUUUAAGGUGAAGGGAAGUGUUUUUAUACUACAGUUUCAUACUACCUGUGAUAAAUGUGAGGUUUGAAUAGUAAAUUUGAAAACUGAACUGCUCUUGGAACCAUAUUCCAAAAGUCUAUAACUUUUACUCAAGAAAGUACUUUAUUGGUUAAAUGAUCUUAGUUAUUACAAUUGACUGAAAAUAAGUCAUAAGGUAAUUAAAAAUAAUACGGUGGCUUGAAGUCUAGGGAUGGGAAUAAAGCAGCUGUGGACACAGCGUGUAAAAAGGGUAACUAAGAAAUGGCACAAACAUCCAAAGCAAUAGAUUUUCUAAGUAGAUGUCUAUACACAUAGAGAUGUACAUUUUUGCAAAAAUCUUUUCAAACUAGAACUUUUCUAUUAACUACCACGUCUUAAGCCUAUAACCCUGGAAUUAAUUCUUUGAACAUGUGAAAGUCUAUGGUCCCCAUUUGUUAGUGCUUUCUCAGGGGAAGAUUUGCACUUUGAGCUUCAUCUCUAAACGUGUAAUGAAAAACUUAUUCCUUUAAGGAGCUUUAGCUAUCUUUAAAAGUGUGAUUUGUUUCCAUGUCUACAAUUUGUUUGAUAUUGUGGAAAGGACUCUAGACUUAGAGCAAGUGAUCUACCACUUAUUUGUGACCUUCAGUAAAUUACUCCACCUCUCUAAACCCAUUUUAUCCAUUGUUUUAAAAAAUUACUCUACCAACCCAUUACAGCUUCAUGAAGAUUAGAUGGAAUGAUGCUAGUGAAAAGGCUUGUCAACUAUGAAGUGCCACGUAAAUGUAGGGAACAGUUUAAUUCUUUUGUCAAAGAUACUGAAGGAGAUAUUGAGGGUUAGGGGAGCUUUCAGAAUGUCCCUAAGUUUUCAGAUUGUCCUAACAUCAUGGAACACCACGUUCCCACGUUACUGGGUGCGCCAAUGUUUUUAUAUUGGUGCUGAUAAUGUGAGAUUCAGAGGAAAAAGAGAUGGUUCUAAAUGCCCAUGUCACAAUAGUGGGCAUAAAAUCCUACUGGUUGCACAGAG